AUGAAAUUUCAACUGGGAACUCUGCUGGCAGCGAGCCUAGUCGCAGCCAAACAACCAAACAUUCUCUUCGUCCUAACCGACGACCAGGGCAAAUAUGUCGGGGGACUGGAGCAUAUGCCCAAACUACAGUCCACGCUAGUUGAACAAGGAACAAGCUACUCCAAACACUUCUGUUCAAUCGCCCUCUGCUGUCCCUCCCGCGCAAACCUCUGGACAGGCCGCAUGCCACACAAUACCAACGUAACGGACGUGGGCCUUCCCUACGGCGGCUACCCCAAAGUCGUAUCAGCCGGCUGGAAUGACAACUAUCUGCCCCUCUGGAUGCAAGAUGCAGGCUACAACACAUACUACGUCGGCAAGCUCUGGAACGCGCACACAGAAGACAACUACAACAAACCCUACGCACGCGGCUUCAACGGUUCAGACUUCCUCCUGGACCCAUACACAUACAGGUACUGGUUCGCACGGAUGACCCGCAAUGGCAACACCCCAGUCAAAUACGACGGCAAUUACUCGACCGAUGUGAUCGCCGAAAAGGCAGCCGGGUUCAUUGAUGAAGCCGUCAAGCAGGAUAGACCGUGGAUGCUAACUGUGGCACCAAAUGCGCCGCAUUCAAAUGGAUCGCACGAUUCAACACGGGACGCGAACUGGUUCGGGGAGCCUGAGUUUGCGCCUCGACAUGCGGGUCUCUUCAAGGACCUCAAGGCGCCGCGAGACGAGAGUUUCAAUACGCGUAUUGAAAAUGCGGUUAGCUGGGUGGAUAAUCUGCAGGAAUUGAAUCAGACCGUCAUUGAUUACAUUGAUGAGUUUCAGCGGUGUCGGCUGCGUGCGUUGCAGGCUGUCGAUGAUAUGAUAGGAGAUUUGGUUGACAAGUUGGAUAAGUUGGGGGAGCUGGACAAUACUUAUAUCUUCUUUUCAACGGACAAUGGGUAUCAUCUUGGGCAGCAUCGGAUGCAGCCGGGGAAAAAUUGUGGCUAUGAAACUGAUAUUAAUGUCCCUUUGAUCGUGCGAGGACCUGGCAUUGGAAAAAACCAGACACUGGAUGCUAUCACAAGUCAUACCGAUCUUGCACCGACAUUCUUGUCCCUGGCUGGGGCUACGAGAGAGGGUCUGGAUGGGAAGAAGAUUCCCACAACUGUUGCUGCCAGUACGGCAGAUAACAGGACCGAGCAUGUUGCCAUUGAGUACUGGGGAUUGGCUGUUCCAGAAGGAAUCUACGGAUAUGCCAGUGACAAACUCCAACAACCUCACAACAGUUACGAAAACAACACCUACAAAGCUAUCAGGCUACACUCAAACGAUUAUAGCCUAUACUACUCGGUAUGGUGCUCCAACGAGAAGGAGUUUUUUGACCUCAAGGGCGACCCUCAUCAAACCAAAAACCUAGGAACACAUCCCGCAAAACAAAGCUACACCAUUGCCCAACGCAAACUGCCCCAGAUCCUGAACCGCCUCGAUGCCCUAAUGCUAGUGCUGAAGUCCUGUGAAGGCGACGCCUGCCGGUACCCUUGGCGUCAGCUCCACCCAGCAGGAAAGGUCAAUAGUCUGGCAGAUGCACUAGAUUCUGGCUUUGACACGUUCUACGAGAAUCAGCCGAAGGUCUCGUUCUCGUCUUGUGAGAAAGGGUAUAUUAUUUCCGCUGAAGGGCCGCAGAAGUAUCAUGCUUAUGGAACUACGAGUGCCGAGAAGAGGAGCUGGGGUUGGAGUUGGGAUGAUACUUUUGGUGGAUGGUAA